AUGUCCUUAGAGGCUAUCUCCUUUGACAAAUCGGACCCGCAAAAUGUUUCGGUAAAAGUCUUGGAUCAGUUAUUGCUGCCGUACACCACCGCUUAUAUCCAGAUCAAUACCAUUGACGACGGUUAUCGUGUGAUAAAAUCAAUGCAAGUACGAGGUGCACCUGCUAUUGCCAUCGUCGGGGCUCUUUCAGUGCUUACAGAAACUCAACUGCUGGAAAACAAGGAUUUUGCGAAAAAUCAGACUUUCUACGAUUUAAGUGAUUUCGACAGAGUCCGCUCCACGUUAGAGACGAGACUAGAAUUUCUGCUGGGCAGCAGACCUACCGCUGUGAACCUAUCGAAUGCCUUAGCUGAAAUUUGUAAGAUUUUGAAGAAUUCUCACACUUUGAAAUCCUUCCACAGUCACCUGUAUGAGUUCGUGUGCCAAAUGAUCGACGACGAUCUCUCAAACAACGUGAAAAUGGGAGACAACGGUGCUAGGUACUUGCUCGAACAACUGGAAAAAGAAGGUUUCGAUCAGGAUUUUGCUGUGCUAACUAUCUGCAACACGGGAUCGCUGGCCACAUCUGGUUAUGGUACCGCUCUCGGUGUGAUCCGUUCACUGUGGAAACAUUCCAAUGCCAAGCUUUCUGAAAAGCAAGAGACCGAUAAGAAACGUAAGCUUGAUGGCCGCGGUGCCAAGAUGACUCAUGUUUUUCCUCUCGAGACCCGUCCUUACAAUCAAGGUUCCCGGUUGACUGCGUAUGAACUAGUGCACGACCAAAUUCCGGCCACUUUGAUCCCAGACAGCUCAGUCACCUACCGCAUAGCCACGAGCGAAACUCCAAUCAAGGCGGCGUUUGUGGGUGCGGAUAGGAUCGUGCGCAAUGGUGACACUGCCAAUAAAAUAGGCACUUAUCAGCUGGCUCUCAUUUGCAAGCAAUUUGGUAUCAAGUUUUUCGUGACUGCCCCAAAAACCACAAUCGACAGCGUUACCGAGACUGGUGCAGGUAUCGUUGUCGAGGAACGGAAGGCAGACGAAUUCAAGCACGUUGCAGGAACCGUUAUUGAUAAUGUUACCGGCGAGCCGCGGCUGGCAAGUGACGGCAAACCGGUGGCUGGUAAAGUUGGUGUUGCGCCCGUGGAUGUCGCCGUGUGGAACCCAGCAUUUGACGUAACGCCUCACGAGCUGAUAGACGGAAUCGUUACUGAAGUUGGAGUUUACACGAAAGAUGCGAAUGGCAAUUUCGAUCUUACCGACCUUUUUGAACAGUAG